UGAAAUAGUCCAAGUGAGGUCUUAAUUAAACUGUUAAUGAACGUCUCCAGCCAUGUGCUAAACAUAAUAUCAAUAAUUGAUAUGGUAAUGUGGAUAUAUUUUUUUACAUUAAAGUGGUAACUAAAACAGAAUACUAAUUCAACAAUGAUGGCUGCUCCCUUGAGCUAUAAAUAGACGACGACAACAAAUGGAUUUGGUCACAAGAAACACACAAUUUAGAGAAAGGAUUUGAGAAAAGAUGGUAAAAGGUUCAGUAUUUAUCUCUCUCAUUGCCCUCUUGGCUUUGACUUGCUCCCUUGCUUCUGCCUAUGACCCCAGCCCUCUGCAAGAUUUUUGUGUGGGUGUCAAUGAUACCAAACUCGGAGUAUUUGUGAACGGGAGAUUCUGCAAAGAUCCCAAGCUUGUGAAUGCAGAAGAUUUCUUUUUCCACAUAAUGCCAGGGAACACAAACAAUCCAUUGGGCUCCCAGGUGACUCAAGUGUCUGUAAAUGAAUUCCCAGGACUCAACACUCUUGGUAUCUCCCUUGCUCGUAUUGAUUAUGCACCCUAUGGUUUGAAUCCUCCCCACACUCACCCUCGUGCCACUGAGGUGUUGACUGUUCUUGAGGGAACUCUUAUGGUUGGGUUUGUGGCUUCCAAUCAAAACAACAACCGUUUCUUUACCAAAAUCCUCAACAAAGGAGAAGUGUUUAUAUUUCCCUUUGGUAUGAUUCACUUUCAAAUCAACAUCGGCCAUUACAAUGCUGUGGCACUUUCUAGUCUAAGUAGCCAAAAUCCAGGAGUUAUUACCAUUGCUAACGCUGUGUUUGGAUCCAAUCCUCCCAUCAAUCCUGAUGUUCUCGCUAAAGCCUUCCAGGUUGACAAGAAGAUAAUUGCCUAUCUUCAAAAGCAGCAAUGGUACGACAAUAACUAAACAUGCUAGCUAUCUUGUAAGAAUAAAUGCGAUGCAUGCAACUUUGUGUUGUAACCUCAAUCAUAUGAUCUGGUGUGUUCUCUUUUACCUCGUACCUUGUUCUCUCUUCCAAUUUCAUUUGGCUUCUUGCAAAAGCUGUAAUGUUCACCUCAAUAUAUAAUACUAUUUACAGCUCUAUAAAGCCAAACGUCUUAUUUGUUA